AUGGGUUGUGUACGAGGAUCAGGUUUAUUUUCCCUUGUUCUUGUUCUUGGUCUGGUCUUGAUCAACUGGGUGAUUUUCUGUAAUGGAAGCAUCACUAGUAGCUUUGUCAGGAAAUUGGAGAAAACCAUUGAUAUGCCUCUUGAAAGCGAUGUUUUUCGUGUCCCUCCCGGGUAUAAUGCUCCUCAACAGGUGCAUAUAACACAAGGAGAUGUAGAAGGGAAGGCAGUGAUAGUGUCUUGGGUGACACCAAAAACACCAGGAUCUAACACAGUCCUUUACUGGGAAGAGAAUAGCUCCAAAAAGCUUAAAGCCCAAGGCAAAUCCAAGACUUACAAGUUCUACGACUAUACUUCUGGUUACAUCCAUCACUGCACCAUUAGAAACUUGGAGCAUGACACCAAGUACUAUUACGUGGUAGGUGUGGGACAAACAGAGCGCAAGUUCUGGUUCUUUACUCCUCCUGAAACUGGUCCAGACGUUCCUUACACGUUUGGUCUUAUUGGGGAUCUUGGGCAGAGUUUUGACUCAAACAUAACCUUAACACAUUAUGAGAAGAGCCCAAUAAAGGGACAAGCGGUUUUGUUUGUUGGGGAUCUCUCAUACGCUGACCAAUAUCCAAAUCACGACAAUAAUAGAUGGGACACUUGGGGAAGAUUUGUUGAAAGAUCCACAGCUUACCAGCCAUGGAUUUGGACCGCAGGAAAUCAUGAACUCGAUUUUGCCCCCGAGCUUGGCGAGACCAGACCGUUUAAGCCAUUCAUGCAUAGGUACCGCACUCCUUACAGAGCAUCAGGCAGCCCAGAACCAUUCUGGUACUCCAUAAAGAGAGGACCGGCUUACAUAAUCGUGCUUGCUUCAUAUUCAGCAUAUGGUAAAUACACGCCGCAAUUCAAAUGGCUCGAGAAGGAGUUCCCAAAGGUUAACAGGACGGAAACUCCAUGGUUGAUUGUUCUGAUGCAUGCACCGUGGUACAACAGCUUUGAUUACCAUUACAUGGAAGGCGAAACCAUGAGGGUGAUGUAUGAGCCGUGGUUCGUCAAGAACAAAGUAGAUGUUGUUUUUGCAGGUCACGUCCACGCCUACGAAAGAUCAGAACGUGUAUCAAACAUAGCUUACAACAUAGUUAACGGCAUUUGCAGUCCAGUCAAAGAUCAAUCUGCUCCAGUCUACAUCACCAUCGGUGAUGGAGGCAAUCUUGAAGGAUUGGCCACCAAAUUGACUGAGCCUCAGCCUAAGUACUCUGCCUUCAGAGAAUCAAGUUUCGGGCACGCUAUAUUCUCCAUAAAGAACAGAACGCACGCACACUAUGGAUGGCACAGGAACCAGGACGGUUACGCUGUGGAGGCUGACACCAUGUGGUUUAACAACAGAUUCUGGCAUCCAGUGGAUGAUUCUCCUUCUUCAGAUUCUUGA